AUGCUUUUUCGAGCCCUACUUAUCAGAAUCCACAUCAAUUUUAUUCAGUCGCUGCAAAUUAUUCGUUAUCUGGUAAUUUCUAAUCCUUGUGAUGUCGAACUCCAGUCGGCAAUAUGCUUCACUAUGAGAUUUCCGGCUACAACAUGUAUGAUUGCAUUCGCAGCGCUACAGGUAGCCAUGGUCAUCGAAAGAGCUAUUGCGAUAUGGAAUAGCGCUCAUUAUCACUCAUGGAGCUCACGAAUCGGUUUUACUUUCAUAUCUGCUUCGGUACCUUUUUUCAAGAACUUUGAAGUGAACUGUGGUUUGUGA